AUGUGUACAAUCAGUGACUACGAUGAUAAAGACUCAGCGCCGCAAAGUGCAUUCGAAAUUUUGUUGGAGGUUGAACGAACACCGUUAACGUUGACGGAUUAUCGAAAUCGUUUAAUGUUGUUACGCAAACUUCUUUUCGGAGCGCACGAGAAACAUAUGCCGAAGUGUACGAAUGAUGCGUUGGAAACGGUUCCUCUUCGAGUGAUAAUCGCACAGCUCUUCGAACGUUUCACGAUCUACUGGCCGCCUCUAUUCGAAAUCAUUGAGUCGUAUGCUUACGGCAUGAAACUGAAUCAGUUUUGGCCCAUUUUCGUAGCGUUUAUUGAAGACGCAACAAAACAUUUAGUGAGUAGUGCGGUUGAGGAUGAACGUUGUACGCGAACGGAUUCCACUGCGCGCAUUUUUGAUCAGCUCUGUGAUGUGUCGUCGUCACGUUCACCAGAUUAUGGAAUGUUUCGACUGCAGAUGUUCAAUUUGUUGUCGAAACUCGACGAAAUCGCCGAGAAAACAACGAAAACUUUGAGUCCAUGGUUGUUGGCCCUCUAUACACAAGAAUAUGAGAGUGUUGAUUUUAUGAGUCGAAAUCGACAGAAUAUCACGUGGACAAACCCUUCAGCUUGCGAAUUGAACGCCGCAGAAUUGGACGGUGAAAACGAUGAGGAGGAUGGUGACGAGGAGAUG